UCUGAAUGACAGUCUUUGUGAACAUUUGCUCACCGUGUGCUAUAAAACAGCUGAUCGGUUAGUUUUACAAAAUAAUACAACAAAUAUAGUAACUAAAUUUAACGUAUUAUGAAGCAACACCGUGCAUAUAAGAUAACUUAUCCUCAAUAAAACUUAAAAUCAAAGAACGUUGUCCAAAAUGUCAUUAUCAAUGGAAAAUCUUGUUAUAAAACAGCCGAUUAGACGCUUGGAAAUUCAAAUCAGUAAUUUUAAUGUUGCUAUACCGCAUCAUGUAGAUUUACUGAAACGGCAUAAGAGUAAUAUUAAAAAAUACGAAGCUCAACACGAUUGGGAAAAAGUAAGGAAGGAACACGUAAAUGUAUCUAGAAUUGUAAAGCAAUUGAAGGAAUUGCUUUAUCAGAUGGAUACUCUACGGGCUCAGGUUCUUGACUCUGAUAUUAAUGAAUUCGAUAAACUUACAGCGACUGCUAGAUCUAAUAUGAUGAACGCGAUUCAGGAAUACUUAGUUUUACAAUUGGACUUACCCUUAUCUGGACCUUCUUCACCCAAAGAAGAAAAUAAGGAUGCACAGUAUGUAUAUAGAGAUCAUAAUAUCCAAUUGCAUGAAGAACACGAGGAUUUGGAGCGACAGCAAGCAUGUUUGCAUACCUGGACAGAUCUACAAGAUGAUAUAUAUCAAUUACAUCAACUUUUUACUGAUUUUAACAAAAUAGUACAUGAUCAAAAAGAAUCUGUGAAUAACGUAGAGAAUAAUAUCGAAGAAACACAAAGCAAUGUAAAUGAAGGUACAAAGUUCCUCGAAAAAGCAUCGAAAUACAAAGCAGUAACUUAUCCUUUGGCCGGAGCAUUAAUUGGAACUUGUGUGGGUGGACCUGUAGGCUUAUUUGCAGGUUUAAAAAUUGGUGGAUUAACAGCUCUUGGUUGUGGAAUUUUAGGAUUUACUGGCGGUUCUAUAUUAAAGAAAAAACAAAUUACAGAGAGCGUAUAUAGUAAACCCAGUAAUUCGUUUGAAGAACAACAGAACAUUAAAAAAUCUUCAUCUCUUCCUGAAAGAUUGAAUAAAAACAGAAAGGAUUUGUGACAUCACGCAGAAUCUGAUAAUAAUACGAAAGAUACUAAAGUGUGCAAUAUUAUUUAGUUGCUUUCUAAAAUAUUUGCAUAUAUUCACGAUAUUAUAGGCUAUUUUCCAAUUAAUCUGCUGAACAGUGAUUUACUUUCUUUCUUAUAGUUUUCUAACAAAAUAAAUUAAAUUAAUGUAAA